AUCGUAGAGUAAAAGAUGGCGAAACUAGACGAUUUCUUAUCCAAGAAAAAGGAAACUGCCCCAAUUCUUGACUUGUCCAAAACCACCGCCAAUUCCAAAGAGGAAUUCAAGAAGCUACUAGAGAAGGUUCCCGAUUUCAAAAUAAGGACUGAACGUGUACCAGACCACAUAAAAAUUAAAGAUAAACAUUUCAAGUUUAAGUCUGGCAAAAAAGAUAUAAAAGCUAUGAAAGAGAGAUAUACUUUUAUGGAUCCCUUGCCAGUAGAAAUGAAAAAUUUGAACAUUGAUGACCUAGCGGCAGUUUCAAUUGACUGGAAAAUGUUGACAACCCUUCGUCCUAAAAGUAAGGCGGAGGAAAACUAUUUUUCAAGAUUGGUAGAGCUCGGUAAACUUCAAAACAAGAGCAGAACCCAAGAAAAAAAGCAGUUUCAGUCGGAUUCUCAGAUCAAGAAAAUAAAAAAUAAGUCUGGCGUGAUUGAAAUGAGAGUCGUCUCUUGUUCCGAAUGUGGUGAAGACUUUUGUAAUGGUAAAAGUUGCACCAAGUUUGGGUACGACUCGUUCGUACGUAUCCCAGAAGUGCCAGAAGUAUCCCAGAAGACAGUUUCUCCCGAUUCUGUAAGCAAAAUUAAGAGGAAAGUGAAAAGGCGAUCCCAUUCUAAAACUAAAAGUAAAAAGAAAAGUAGCGGCAAAUCAAAGUCCCCGAAGAGAAGUCCAUCCAAAAGUAGCAAGAAGUAA